UUUUGAAAUCGCCUGGGGGUAUCGUAUCGGAGUGCAGAGCUACAACCUUGACGCCAAACGCCGGACCUCGAAUCAGCACAACAUCUGCUGAUUUCCCUUGACCGUGGUCGUGAGAGAUUGAUCUCCAACCGACAAGAUGCCUUCCGAAGCUGGUCAUAGAUUAUACGUCAAGGGUCGCCACCUGAGCUACCAGCGUGGCCGUCGCAACACGCACCCCAAGACCAGUCUGAUCAAGAUCGAGGGCGUGGACGACACCGCCGCUGCCAACUUCUACCUGGGCAAGAGGGUUGCGUAUGUCUACCGGGCCCAGAAGGAGGUGCGCGGCACCAAGAUCCGCGUCAUCUGGGGCAAGGUGACGAGACCACAUGGCAACUCUGGUGUUGUCCGGGCGAAGUUCACAAACCCCCUUCCUGCGAGAUCUUUUGGCGCCUCUGUUCGGAUCAUGCUCUACCCCUCGUCGAUUUAAGGCAAUGGGUCAGGCCGGCGUUGGUUGGUAAAGAUGGUUCAUGAUUUCGGUGCAUCAGGGUUAGGCAGGGCCUCGACAGACAUGGCCUCGCUUUUAGCAUUCAAAUCAAGGGCAAUACCAAGACAGACGAUGCCUUGAGGAUCCGCAACAUCGGUCGCAAUGCAGUGCUUCACUGAUGAGCGAAACCACAAGGCAGCGCAGAGGGGGACUCGUUUUCUCUCGUGUCAAGAUCACAGUGAUCGUGGCCAAGCCCGGGCUACACAAAUCUACAGGUCUACACUCGCC